UGUUUUAUUUCUAAUAUUAAAGAUAAAUAUUUACUAUAAUAUAAUAAUCUAUAAUAUAAAAAUCUAUAAUAAUAUUUAUAACAUUUAUUAUUAAACCUAUUGACGGAGCGUGACCCAAGUACCACGUGACCUCACCGCCAAAUCCCGCGAAACUCUUAGACCAUAUUCGGACCAAAUCUCGCGAGAUUUUAAACUUUAUAAUAAAGAUGUAAACAUUGGCUAAUGUGCUAAUGUGCUAAUGUGUUGUCCGUGUGGUGUAGCAGUGUGAGGUUACAGUGUUAGGUUCAUCAGAUGGAGAGCGCCGCGGAACCGGAACCGGAACCCAUCAGGCUGAAGUCCCUCAAAACCAACAGGAGCUUUACUGUUCCACACACCGAGCGGUUGGGGAACUGCAGGAGUGUGAAGGAGUUUGAGAAGCUUAACCGCAUUGGAGAGGGAACAUAUGGAAUCGUGUAUAGAGCCCGGGACACACACACCAAUGAGAUCGUGGCCCUUAAGAAAGUGCGCAUGGAUAAAGAGAAAGAUGGGAUUCCCAUCAGCAGUCUGAGAGAGAUCACGCUGCUCCUCAGGCUCAGGCACCCAAACAUUGUGGAACUGAAGGAGGUGGUGGUGGGAAGCCAGUUAGAGAGUUUGUUCCUGGUGAUGAGUUACUGUGAGCAGGAUUUGGCCAGCCUCCUGGAGAACAUGCAGUCUCCCUUCUCAGAGGCACAGGUGAAGUGUAUUGUUCUGCAGCUGCUCAGGGGUCUGGCGUAUCUUCACCACAACUUUAUCCUGCACAGGGAUCUAAAGGUGUCCAAUCUCUUGAUGACUGACAAAGGUUGUGUGAAGAUUGCUGAUUUUGGCCUGGCACGUGUGUAUGGUGUCCCCCAGCAGCCCAUGACCCCUAAAGUAGUGACUCUGUGGUACAGAGCACCUGAGCUCCUACUCGGCACCAAGACCCAGACCACUGCACUGGACAUGUGGGCAGUGGGGUGUAUCCUGGCUGAACUCCUGGCCCAUAAGCCCCUGUUGCCCGGCAGCUCAGAGAUCCAACAGCUGGAUCUGAUAGUGCAGUUGUUGGGAACGCCGAACGAGAACAUCUGGCCGGGAUUCUCGCGCCUCCCCCUAGUUGGUCAGUACAGUUUAAGGAAACAGCCAUACAACAACCUGAAGAACAAAUUCACUUGGCUGUCAGAUGCUGGACUGCGCCUCCUCAACCUGCUCUUCAUGUACAACCCCCAUCGCAGGGCCUCGGCAAAGGACUGUUUGGAGAGUUCAUACUUCAAAGAGAAGCCUCUGCCAUGUGAGCCGGAGCUCAUGCCGACCUUUCCUCACCAUCGAAACAAGCGGGCGGGGCCUGUAGCUGAGAGCCAAUCGAAACGGAGCAAAGCAGGCCACUCCCUCGCAUCAUGACCCUGGACAGCUAAUUAGAAUUUGAGCUGUCACCUCACAACCAAGAGCCAAUCAGAGUGAAGCUCCAUUUCACACUUAAUAGCCAAUCAAAAGAAAAGGGAUGUGUGAUACCAGGAUUUAGAGAUUAGAGCUUCCACUGUACACCUGUGUGUGUGUGUGUGUGUGUGUGUGUGUGUGUGUGUGUGUGUGUGUGUCCUGAAGAGGAGAUCAGAUACUCGUGUGUGUGUGUGUGUGUGUGUGUGUGUGUGUGUGUGUGUGUGUGUGUGUGUGUGUGUGUGUGUGAGACUGUUCCUGAAGAGGGGAUUAGAUUACUCACGUGUGUGUUAUUGAGCGUUAAUGCUGAGAAUGUUUACAGAGACUGUUAUAAGAUGGUCGAGUAGUGUUUUCUGUGUGUGUUUUAAUAAUAAAUGUUCAGUGUGUUUCAGCUUUUAA